GGAACUUUGUGAACUGGCCUUGUCUGAUCGCUGCUUAUAAGGUGCUCUGGAUCCCCUGCUUGUCUUUUCUUUUUUUUUUUUUCCCUUUCUUCUUCAUCAAACUCACUCUCCAUCUCUCUACCUUUUUAAAACACUUUUCUUAUAUCCAUAUAACCGUUACAAUGGCUUGGGGAUUCCACGAAUCGCACGAGGCUCACGAGCAGGUGUACGGUGAGAAGAAGCACGAGGGCAAGCUGUCCCACGAGCUCAUCGCCGGUGCCGCUUCCUUCGAGGCCAUGAAGGCCUGGGAGAACCACCAGCGCAAGGAGGGCAAGACCGUCAAGCACUCCUUCGCCAAGGAGGCCAUCGCCGGUCUCGUCGGCUCUCAGAUUGACCGUCUCGCCGAGACCAAGGGCAUGGACCAGGUCGACAAGAUGAAGGCUCACCACCACGCCAAGAAGAACGCCGAGGAGAUGUACGACCAGCACUACGUCCAGGGCCACGGUGCCGAGGAGUACGACCCCAACCGCUACGCCCCUCACGAGAAGUUCCAGCUCCAGCAGUGGUAAACGGUUACCCGAAUGUGAUGUAUAUAUUUAAAUGAAUAGAAUGAAUGCAUGAGCUGUCAUACACCUGUCGCAUUAUCCACUGGAUCGAGUGUCACUGUACGAGUGUCAAACUGCACUGCUGUAGUGCUGACUAGAUGUCGUCGUAUUUAGGGAUCCAGGGCAUUCUGAUAUGCACGAAAGGUCUUGGCAGGCGGAUGCCCAGAGAUCAAACAUGUAGGAGUUUUGCUAUGGCCGCGUAGGGCUACGAAGCACAACAUAUGUACUCGUAGCGUGUACUCUGCACGCCCU